UGGGAGGGGUGGGCAGAGCACUGGGGGUGGGCUCAGGCGAUGCCCCCAGACCCCCAGCCUGGAGGCCAUGCCCAGGGAGCUGUGCACCAGCUUUUCUGCAGCCCGAGGCACAGGAGCCUGUGCUGGAGCGUUUCCAGACUGAGACCUUCAGGAAAUGGGUCUCCUGAAGUCGAGGAUGGGGGGACAAUCCUCAAGCCUUGUUUGCCCCAAUUAAUACCCCAGGUAGCCCCAAAUAAUCACCAGCCCCCUCAGCUCCUGGGUGCUGUGUGGCCACAGUGGCUUGUGCCCCACGGGUGAUGGGCACCACCAGCAGGGCUGGGCUGGGGCACGGGGGCAGGAUCAGGCCCCGGGCUGUGGUGAGGGGGGUCCAGAAGCACAGUGGAAGGCAGUGGGGUGAGGGCCAUGCUCAGCCCUGACAGGGCAUCACCAGGAGGCAUUUUUGGGGUGCCACUCCUGCUGUCCCACCGUGGCAGCUCAGCCUCAUGCCAUGAGGACAAGAUGUCACCUCUGCUCCCACCUUUGCUGCAACAUCCCCCUUGGCAGCCCCUUCCCCACUUGCACCCCAAAAAGUGGCCCCUUCCAGCAGUGCUUUUGGGGGGGGCUCCUGGGCUCCCCCCUUUUGCUGUCAGGGCAUGAGGCCAGGCAGACCCCAGCCCCAGCUGCAUUUCAUCUGGGAGGGGGCUGGGGGCUGCCUGCCCCUCGCCGGCCUCCCACACCCCCUCCCUAAACCAGCCCUAAUGAGAACAAGCUGGGCCUGGGCUGCGGAGCAGGAGGAGGGAGGAGAAGGAGCAGGAGGAGGAGAAGGAGGAGGCUCCAUCCCAGCAGGCAGCAGAAAGGGGCUCGAGGAGGUGAGCGUGGGACAGACCCCAUUCUCCUGGCUCCCUCCCACCGACGCGGCAGCAGCGGGUGAGCCCCGGCGGUGAUGGCGGCACAGGCGGCGAUGGGCAGGUGGCUGCUGGCGCUGCUGGCGCUGCUGGUGGCCGCGGCAGGCUCGCUGGUGGCCCGGCACGCCGCGGUGCUGCCGGACGGCGGCAGCGGGGACGGCGAGGAGGCCUCGGCCACGCCGCCCGCCAUCGGCCGCGCCACGCCGGGACCCGGCCCCACGCUGCGGGCCGCGGCCGGCACCACGGGGAGCAACGGCUCGGCGCCGGGGGGGCUGCUGGACGGGCUGCUGGGCUUCUUCAAGGAGUACCUGCUGCUGCUGGUGGUGGUGGGCUCGCUGGCCUUCGUCCUCCUCUUCAUCGUGUGCGCCGCCCUGGUGCUCCGGCAGAAGCACAAAGCGUCGGCGUACUACCCCGCGGCCUUCCCCAGGCACAAGUACGUGGACGAGCGGGACAAGAGCGGGGGGCCCCGGCCCUUCAGCGAGGUGCCAGACAGAGCCCCCAGGGCUGAGGAGCCCCCGGGCCAGGGGGGGCUGCAGGCAGACAUCCUGGCCGCUGCACACAGCCUCAGGCCCCCCCGCGCCGCGCCGCUGAACAACCCCCCCGAGGAGGAGGAGGAGGAGGGAGGAAGCAAGAAGUUGGGUGAGGAGCAAGCUGCUGAGCCCCCUCCCCAGGACGCAGCUGCUGAGGAGGCCGCAGGGGCCGGGGGCACACGGGGGGAGGCGGCUGCUGCCAGCACCCAGGAGCCCCCCAGCACUUAGCGCCAGGCCCCAGCUGAGCCCGAGGAGCCGCCGGCUCAGGGGCCGCCCGGCAGCCCUGGAGGGGGGGUCGUUGCUCCACACGUAGGUGGCGGCUCGAGGAGGCCCCACUGAAGCCCCCCGUGUGUCCCCCAUCCCCCCAGGGCACCUGGCAGGACCCUGUGGCAGAGCUGGGGUGGGGGGUUGGCAGGCACCGUGUCUCCGUGGUGCUGGUGCUGUGCCAGGCAGCUCCUGGUGCUGUCCUGGUGCUGUAUCAGGCAGCUCCUAGUGCUGCUGCUGUGCCAGGCAGCUCCUGGUGCUGUGCCGGUGCUGUGCCAGGCAGCUUCUGGUGCUGUGCUGGUGCUGUAUCAGGCAGCUCCUAGUGCUGCUGCUGUGCCAGGCAGCUCCUGGUGCUGUGCCGGUGCUGUGCCAGGCAGCUCCUGGUGCUGGUGCUGUGCUGGUGCAGUGCCAGGCAGCUCCUGGUGCUGGUGCUGUGCUGGUGCUGUAUCAGGCAGCUCCUAGUGCUGCUGCUGUGCCAGGCAGCUCCUGGUGCUGUGCCGGUGCUGUGCCAGGCAGCUCUCACCCUCUGCCACUCACCCCCAGCCCUUUGCUGCCCGAGGAGCGGGGCAGGGACUGCUCCAGCCUGGCCACACUCUGCUGAUGCCCGUGGCCACCCGUGCCGGCCCAGCGUGGGGGGUUUGUUGGCGAGGCCCCUCCUGCCCCAGGCCAGGCAGCCGGUGCCCAGCCGGGCUCCUGCCUCUCCGUAACCCCUUCGGCUUGUAAUAAAAGACGUUUCCUCCGCA